AGCCCCUGAAGGGGAAGGGAGCAGCCGGGGUUAGGGGUAGGAGGUGUGGAGCGCGUGAGUGCAGGGCUGCGGUCCAGAAUCGGGGAGCAGUCGAUAGUAGGGGAGGGUUCCACAGGCAAAGUGCUCACCCGCCGGGAUCCGUGCUGGUCCCGAGGAGAGCUUGCGGCAGCAGCGCGAUGUUCGGGGCCCGGUGCCUGCUCCGAGCCCUGCGCUCCUGCACCUCAGCCCCCUGCCUGAGACCCAGACCUUCCGCCAGACUGAGCGUUCGUGACGCGCUCGGGGCCCGGAGCACGAAUGGGGAGCGCGUUAAGGUCCAGGGAUGGAUUCGUUCAGUCCGAUCCCAGAAGGAAGUGUUGUUCCUGCAUAUAAAUGAUGGAUCAUCUUUGGAAAGCCUUCAAGUUGUAGCCGAUUCAAGCUUUGACAGUAGAGAACUGGCUUUUGGGAGUUCUGUGGAAGUUCAAGGGCAGCUGGUGAAAAGUCCAUCCAAAAAGCAGAAUGUGGAACUGAAGGCAGAAAAAAUUGAAAUUGUUGGAAAUUGUGAUGCCAAGGCUUUUCCUUUUAAAUAUAAAGAGAGGCAUCCUCUGGAGUACCUGAGACAGUAUCCCCACCUCAGGUGCAGGACUAAUGCUCUGGGUUCCAUACUGAGGAUUCGCAGUGAAGCCACAGCUGCUAUUCAUUCUUUCUUUAAGGACAGUGGCUUUGUCCAUAUUCAUACUCCAAUAAUCACAUCCAAUGACUGUGAAGGGGCUGGAGAACUGUUCCAAGUUGAACCUUCAAGUAAAAUUAAGGUGCCUGAGGAGAAUUUCUUCAAUGUUCCUGCUUUCUUAACUGUUUCAGGACAACUUCACCUAGAAGUGAUGUCAGGAGCUUUUACCCAAGUGUUUACCUUUGGUCCAACAUUCCGAGCAGAGAAUUCUCAGAGCCGGAGACACCUGGCAGAGUUUUAUAUGGUAGAAGCAGAGAUUUCUUUUGUUGAGAGUCUUCAAGAUCUCAUGCAGGUUAUGGAGGGGCUCUUCAAGACUGCAACAAUGAUGGUUCUUUCAAACUGUACUGAAGAUGUUGAACUCUGUCACAAAUUCAUAGCUCCUGGUCAAAAGGACAGAUUAGAACAUAUGCUAAAAAACAACUUUUUAAUCAUUUCUUAUACUGAAGCAGUAGAGAUCUUAAAGCGGGCAUCUCAGAACUUCACCUUCACCCCAGAGUGGGGUGUUGAUCUACAUACUGAACAUGAAAAGUACCUGGUGAAGCACUGUGGCAACAUACCAGUCUUCGUCAUUAAUUAUCCAUUAGCACUCAAGCCUUUCUACAUGAGGGAUAAUGAAGAUGGCCCUCAGCACACAGUUGCUGCUGUUGAUCUUCUGGUUCCUGGAGUUGGAGAGCUCUUUGGAGGAAGCCUCAGAGAGGAACGGUACCAUUUCUUAGAGCAGCGACUGGCCAGAUCAGGACUAACGGAAGCCUACCAAUGGUAUCUGGACCUCCGUCGAUUUGGAUCUGUACCACAUGGAGGCUUUGGGAUGGGAUUUGAACGCUAUCUGCAGUGCAUCUUGGGAAUUGACAAUAUCAAAGAUGUUAUCCCUUUUCCAAGAUUUACUCAUUCGUGUGUUUUAUAGCUGGAAGACCAGUUAAAGAAAAUCACCCUGUGCCAGAGGUACUGCGUGUGAAUGUGCAUAUAAGAGAAUACAUGUUUGAAGUAUAGAAAUGCAAAAGUUUUCAAUAUGUAAUUGUCAUGCCCUAAGAUAUGACCUAUGAAAAAUAGAAGUGAUCAUGAUUUUCUUAGAAAGUUGAGAGCAAUUCGUGGAAAAAUGAACUCUCUCAAAAAGAUACUUGCAGCAGGUAGAAUCUCAAAAUCUAUUAUGUCAAUUAAGAAGAAAUGAAGAAACUGAACUGUGGUCUCAGAGGUCCUUUCAGACUCUUAAGACAGGAUGAGAUCGUGUGUUUUACUUUGUCUUUAAUCAUUAGAGCACUGCUCUUUGUGACCUCUGAGAAACAACUAGGAGCUAAAAAUAAAAUGUUGGAUCUUUUCUCCCUUUCCAAUUAAUCUAUGAUAAAUGCCCAUCUUAUUCUCACCGUUUUACUAAACAUUACAGAAGAAAAUAUUCCUUUUGGGGUCUUUUUUGAGUUAAUACUAAGUUAAUGUUCUGAAUUGAAAUCUUUCAUCAGACGGGGUACAAAAAGUCACAUUUAAUAACUGCUGAUCUUUAAGUAUAAAAAUAGCAAAUGGGAUGUAUUAAUUAUUUAAACUAAUGACUGUUGUAGUUUAUAGUAGAUGUUUGUAACUUCUCUAAUAAUAAAAUAGAUUUUUGAUACCUCUGAAAGAAAAAUACAGAUAUAUUUUUAAGUUCCAUUUGACCUUUCCACAGUGAAAAGUGGAAGAAGGUAUUUCCAGUGUAAGAUGAGCAUGCAAAUGUAGCUAAACCUGAAGGACGGGUAAUUUUGGACUCAAAAGGCAAUAUUGUCUAUUAGAGUUUUUGAGAGGAUUGCUGAUUUGGGAAUCUGAGACCUGACAACUGUAGCACUUUACGUGUAUGAUUUGGACAAGCCGUUUACUCUGUAUGAGCUCAUACAUCAUUUUCCUCAGAGUUGAUACAACAAUUACAUGAAAGUGUGUGUGUGUGCAUGUGUGUGCACGCACACACAUGCAUGCUUAAAACUGAAAUACUACACAAAUUUUUUUUAACUCUUGUAGUCUUCAUUGAGUUACAUAUCUAUGGACUUACAGCCAAAUUAUAUGCUCAGUAGAAUUUAUAUGUAUCAAAUAAUGGUAAAUGGCAUGCAUGCCUAAAUAGUCAAUUUUCUAAGUCUCAUUAGAUAACUUAUCUGAGGUUAUUUCCUGAUGAGUUUGUAUGUGGACUUUAUUUUAUCCUAACCCAAAGCAAAUGACUGAAAGGAACUGCCAAACCUUAGAGCUGGAAAUCACAGAAGCCACUAAGAUGUUCUCAUGACCAAACUUCUGCCUGAUGCAGAGAGCGCCUAUACCUGGGCAGGCACUUGUUGGCAAAGAGCUCAGUAUCCCACAAAAUAGCUCAUUCCAUUUCUGAAUCUGUCUCAUUUUUCGUUUUUGCGGAGCUAAAAUCUGCUUCCCUAGAACUUUAAUCCCCUGGGCUCAGAUACCAAGUUUAGGGCAGGACAAAAGAGAUAAUUAGAGCUUUCAUAAGGCUUGCCUCAAUCGUGGGCUAGAGAGAUAAAUUCAUUUGUUUGUGUGUAACAGAUAUUAUUUGAGCUUACUCAGUAUGCCAAGAAUGGGGCUAGGUGGUAAAUAAAUGAUAGUAAACAAAAGAGAAAUGACCCAUGCCUUCAUGGAAUUUACAGUCUAUUAGAGAAGAUACACAAUCAAUAAGCAAACAAAUGUAUUUCAAAAUAUGACAUAUGCUAUAAUAUUUUAUAAAGAACAGGGCAAGCAUAGGGGCGCCUGGGUGGCUCAGUUGGUUGAGCGUCCAACUUCAGCUCAGGUCAUGAUCUCGUGGUCUGUGAGUUCGAGCCCCGCGUCGGGCUCUGUGCUGACAGCUCAGAGCCUGGAGCCUGCUUCUGAUUCUGUGUCUCCCUCUCUCUCUGCCCCUCCCCCACUCAUGCUCUGUCUCUCUCUCUGUCAAAAAUAAAUAAACAUAAAAAAAAUUAAAAAAAAAAAAGGAACAGGGCAAGCAUAGAUAACUUUGCUAGAGAAGGUAUCUCUGAAAAGGUGGUAUUUAACCUUAGACCUGGAAGAUAAAUGCAGAAACCAUUUUAAAACAUUUGCAACAUCAGUCAGUAUUGAUUUGACAUUCAAGUCUUGAUACUGUAUUAAUUUUGUGAAGUGAGAAUCAGAGACUCUCACAGGCCCCCAACCUGAAGCACUAAUAUUUUCCCAGGCUUUCGGGCAUCAUGUCUCCAGUGAUUUUUGAGGCACCAGAUAGAAUUAUAAUGUUAAUAUGAUGGUGGGGCAUCAAAAACAACAGUGAUAGAAAGAACAGUGAAUCACAGAAACCCCAGGUGCUGAUCCCAGAGCCACCAUUGAUUUAGCUGGAGAGUGUUAAUCUGGUACGAUCAUCUUUGUGCCCUCCAGUUAUUUCACCUGCAGAACUAUCAUUUCGAAAUAGAUCAACUCUAAGGAUUCUUUUUCUAUCUCUUAAUCUUUCAGGAAUCUGUGCUGGAGAUAGUCACUAAUAACAAUCGAUUUAGAGUCUAACUUAUACACUUGAUUUUUAGCACAUAUCAGGUCUCUGAAAAUGUACAGUGAAGUCAGAUCACUGAAAGUUCUGCAAUAGACUUCAGUGUGUUCAUUGUGUGUGUGUGCGUGGGGUGGGAGAAGUUCCUCCUCAAAUAAACAUUGUUCUUGCCUUUUUGAUAAGUUUCAGCAGUGUAUUUCCCAACUUUCAUACUUACUUGUUCUUUUCCUCUACAGUUGAUCACACAGUGAGUAUCUGGUUGAAGCCAAACACUUGCCACUCAUAACAAGCCUCAAAAUUGACAUCUUUGACUCAUUGCUUUUAUUUUACCAAUAAUUGAGCAACAGCAAAUACUGGUGUCAGACAAAGAUCAUGAAAAUGCCAAAACUAAACUUGCCGGCAGGGCAGACGGCAUCUACAGGGAAAACUUUAAAAUGCCCACUUGUCAGCUCCUGUAUGAAUAUCCAGAUUCUGCAGAGAAGCAGCAUUGUAGAAUCCUGUGUAGAAUGAAUAAAAGUCAAGGACUACCCACGCUAUAAUAAUAUUCUUAUAGGGCUUAAACUGUGAGUUAAAAGGUGAUUUGAGGGUGUUAACUUCUGUUUGAGUAACCAGUUUCCAAUGAGGGAAAAAUCAGAUUCUGUUUUCCCAAGAUUUCCAAACGUCACCUCAAAAUAGCAACCCCAGCCACCCAAGAAAGAGUGUGUAUAUUUUAAAACUUAGAAAUGGUUUUUCCAUCAUUAAUUUCCAUUCUCAUUUCAAAUUUUGAAUUAGGUGGGGAAAAAUAGUUACUUUCAUCCGGCUGUCCUCUGGCCUGGCGAGGUUGUGCUUCUAUUUAUUCAUUCAUUCAUGUAUUUUUUUGGUCUCACAAGAACUUAAUUGUGUGAGUGAUCCAUUCCAGAUCUAGACAUAAUUCUCCCACCCUCUGACCCAGCCCAGAGACUGACUGUCACAGAACAGCAAAGGGACUGUUUGACCUUUUGUCCCUCUCAGACAGUAUCUGCCAGAAGCGUCCCUCUACAAUGUUAUACAUUCAUUCUCUCUAUAAAUUGAAUCUGGACAUUCAAGCAUGACUGAACAGGCACUGAAGAUGCAAUUGGUGAGAUGGAUUAACUCUACUCUUCUUUAAAUCUCUUGUUUAGAUAAUUAUAGAUGAAAGAUGCUUAUUUGGAUUGGAUUGCUAUUUAUUCAUAUAUUUAUUUUAGUAAGUGGUGAGGCAAGAACAUAAAAAUGCAGAGUUGAAAGACAAAUUGGCCUGGAUUGAAUUGAUAAGAAAUGCGUGGGGCUUGUUGGCUUCUGAUCAAUAUUUGUAUUCAGUCUGCAAUCUUAAGUAUGUAUAAUAAAAAGAAAACAGGUGGGAGUAAUAUCUGACUGUAGUUUCUUCCCAGUGUAUAGUCCAAAUUAAAAGGCAUUCAGGACAAAAAAUAACCUUAAUCACCUGACACAAAAAUGAUUACGAUCUGUCCACAAGACAGAUCUUAUUAGAUCAGGACCAACACACCUCCAGAAACUUAUACAUUCUGCCAUUACUGGAGUCCUGAAUUACUCCUCUGAUCAGCUAAGGUCCCAGGUAGCUCUUGGGCAUUCUAAUUAGCUCCAGUUUGUUUGGAGUCCAAUGAAUUUACAACCACUAUUAGCACACUGUGUGGGAGUUUCCAGGGGAACUUUGUAAAGAAGUCAGGAGUUUGGGUGGUUCUUAAACUGUCAUUCAGGCAGCUAUUGAGUUAACAUAGUUCAUGACUCUUCAGUAACUUCCUGCUACAUCUUUACUGUUCAUAAUUAUUAUUAGUAAUAUGACUAUCAAUUGAACAUUGCUUUACAGUUUACAGAAUUUUUUAAUGUAUUCACAAUGUAUUAUGAACCUUGUUCUUUUGUAGCUUACUAUGCCUCAAAUUCAUUUGGUUUAAUAAAAGAUUAGUUUGUUAUGAAGAUUGGUUAUUAGGAAUUCCUAAUAUCAAGGGAGAGUAAGACUGCAAAUAAAGUCCACCACCCUUAGCCUCCAGAGAAACUGAAAGCACAGAGCUUUAUGGUAACCAAAGAAGUUUGUAUCUUAAGCCUCAGAGUUUAGUGGACAUGUUGCAAAAUACACACUUUGGCCUCUGAUUUCCUUGUUUUACACAGGGGGGAGAGUUGAGAGGGUGAGGGAAAUGACAGUCGAGUUCAAAGGCAUUCUAGUACAGACAAACACUGGAAUAAAGGGCCCUGGACCCAGCAGUGUACUUAAGCUCACUGUGUCUCUCUCUCUCUCUUUUUUUUUUUUUUUUUUUUAUGUGUUUAUGCUCAUAUUUGCCUUACUUACCCUCCUCUUAGGAUCACCCUAGAAUAUACAUGGAAAGAUAGAUGCAGGAACUUUGGUGGGGAUUAUUAAUAUCCUCCCCCAAAGUGACCAGCCUUUGAUAUGUCAAGAUGAUGCUCUGAGAAUAGAAACGUGGUAGGCCCAUCCAGCACAGGUUUUA